UGGACCACCAGGCGUAACAGGACCACCAGGUCCCAUGGGUCCUCCAGGACUACCGGGGUUGAAGGGAGAUCCAGGCAGGAAGGGAGACAAGGGUCAUGGAGGUCUGAUUGGGCUGAUAGGCCCUCCAGGAGAGUUUGGAGAGAAGGGAGACAGAGGAUUUCCAGGGAACCAGGGUCUACUGGGACCCAAAGGAGACGAGGGUCCUAAUGGUCUCGCAGGUCCUAAUGGUCCUCCAGGUCUACCUGGUCUCUCUGGUAGAGUAGGACAGAAGGGUUCUAAAGGGAAUCAGGGUCCCAUUGGUGCUAUCGGAGAUACAGGUCCUGCUGGCCCUCCUGGACCUCCUGGUCUCCCUGCGGUGGGUCUUCAGUCUCUCCCGGUGCAGGAGAGAGGGAGGAGGAGGAGGCAACACUCUUCCUUUGACGGGGCCGCUCUGGAAGACGAGGAAGAGCAAGAGGGGAUGGAGGGAAGGGAGGAGGGAGAGGAGGAGAGGAUGCAGGCAGACCAGGCAGGGCAGGAGGAGGAGAAAGAGAUGGAGGAGGUGUUUGCUUCUCUCUCUUCUAUGAGGACAGAGGUAGAGGGUCUGAGGACCCCCCUGGGGACCUACCAGUAUCCAGCCCGAACCUGCAAGGAGCUACAGCUGUUGUUCCCAAAGUACACUGAUGGUGAGUACUGGAUAGACCCUAACCAGGGUUGCCAUAGAGACUCCUUCAAGGUGUUCUGUAACUUCACGGCCGAUGGAGAGACAUGUCUGUACCCUGACAUGAAGUUCCAGUCGGUGAAGCUGAGUUCCUGGAAAGGAGAGAAACCUGGUACCUGGUACAGCCAGUUCAGGAAAGGAAAGCAGUUCUCCUAUUCCGGUUCAGAUGGCAGUCCGGUCCAUGUAGUCCAGUUGGUGUUUCUUAAGCUGUUGAGUGCUUCAUCCAGACAGACGUUCACCUACCACUGUCAGAACUCAGCCGCCUGGCUCCAUACCGCCACCUUCAGCCACCAGCACGCGCUGCGCUUCAGAGGGAGCAGUGGAGAGGAGCUCACGCACCAGAACACACACUACAUCACAGCGCUGCACGACGGCUGCCAGUCUGCUUCAGGUCAGGAGAGGACGGUGUUAGAGUUUGAUGCCCCUCAGUCAGACUCUCUCCCCCUCAUCGACGUCUCUGUCUCCGACUUCGGACACAACAACCAGAAGUUUGGCUUCCAACUGGGUCCCGUCUGCUUCAACGGUUAACGGCAGCCCUCUACAGCCGGUAACCGGGAUGAGACGGCCGGUCACAGGGUUGAGAUCCACGGACAUUUACACAGGGGAAACCAGGAGACUGACUGAUGCCGUCAGAGAGAUAUUUAUAUAGCUUUACCCCAGCACUCAUCCAUUCAUACUAACAGACACUCAUCCAUUCAUACUAACAGACACUCAUCCAUUCAUUCAUACUAACAGACACUCAUCCAUUCAUACUAACAUACACUCAUCCAUUCAUUCAUACUAACAGACACUCAUCCAUUCAUACUAACAGACACUCAUCCAUUCAUUCAUACUUACAGACACUCAUCCAUUCAUACUAACAGACACUCAUCCAUCCAUUCAUACUUACAGACACUCAUCCAUUCAUACUAACAGACACUCAUCCAUUCAUUCAUACUUACAGACACUCAUCCAUUCAUACUAACAGACACUCAUCCCUUCAUCCAUUCAUACUAACAGACACUCAUCCAUUCAUUCAUACUAACAGACACUCGUUCACUCAUCCAUUCAUACUUACAGACAUUCAUUCAUUAAUUCAUCAAUUCACCCAUUCAUACUUAGACAUUCAUCCAUUCAUACCAACAGCCUGGUAAUGGGGUUGAGAUCCACAGACAUGUACACAGGGAAAACCAAGAGACUUGCUGACGCCAUCAGAGAGAUAUUUAUAACGCUUUACACCAGGACUCAUCCAUUCAUCCAUUCAUUCAACCAUUCAUCCAUUCAUACUAACAGACACUCAUCCAUUUGUCAUUCAUUCAUAAUUACAGACACUCAUUCACCCAUCCAUUCAUACUUACAGACACUCAUUCAUGAAUUCAUCCAUUCAUUGAUUCAUCUAUUCAUACUUACAGACACUCAUUCACUCAUCCAUUCAUUCAUUAAUUCAUUCACCCAUUCAUCUUUUCAUAAUUACAGACACUCAUCCAUUCAUUCAACCAUUCAUCCAUUCAUUCUAACAGACACUCACCCAUUUGGCAUUCAUUCAUAAUUACAGACACUCAUUCAUCCAUUCAUACCACACACACUCAUUCAUGAAUUCAUCCAUUCAUUGAUUCCUCUGUUCAUACUUACAGACACUCAUCCACUCAUCCAUUCAUUCAUCCAUCUAUUCAAACUUACAGACACCCAUCCAUUCAUUCAACCAUUCAUCCAUUCAUUCUUACAGACACCCAUGAAUUAAUUCAUCCAUUCAUCCAUUCAUACUUAGACACUCAUUCAUUCAUACUUACAGACAUUCAUGCAUCCAUUUAUCCAUACCCACAUUCAUUCAUUCAUCCAUUCAUCCAGACCUACAUUCAUUAAUUCACCCAUUCAUCCAUUCCUACAUUCAUUCAUUCAUUCAUACACACAGUACAUUGUCCAUUCACACAUUUUCUCACUCAUUCAUUCAUCCAUCAUUCCUACACUCACUCCUUCCUAUAUUCAUUCAUUCAUUCAUCCUGAAACCAAAGAAGCACCUCUACAUCUGGGAAACAUUUCCACAACGUGUAACUAACGUUAAUUAGAUGCUGUAUUCCAACCUCAUAUUGUCCCCAUUCUGUGUUGUUGAUGUGUGUGUUUUUAUAUGAACAGUUUUGUGUUGUGUUCUAAUGUAUAUUUGUGUGAUACUCAACCAUGGUGCUACAGUCUUUUACUUGAGUUUGUUUAAUGUCAUGUAUGUCUUCCUUGUCAAAGGGAAAGGGAAGGCAGCCAUUUUGUUUUUGUAUUUGUAACAUAAUGAUGAUGAUGAUGAUGAUGAACAACAGUCUUGUCAGGACAUUAGAGGAUUAUGAUGUCACAAUGCCAUUUUAUUCACACUUGUGGGAAAAUUAAAUAAUGAAUAACCUGUUUUAAUAAAAGUACACAACUGUU